UAAAGUAAUGGGGUUUUAGGUCGAAUUACCCUAAAAUGGAAAACAAGCAGAGGAUAGAGAUGGAGAGGGAGCAGCAGAGGCGAGAACAAUCAAAGAAGAUAGAGCAAGAACCGCCGUACUACAUUUCUCCGAUGCAGCCAUUGACGGAAAGUGCUUACGGCGGAGGAAUGUACGGCACGGAGGAGGGAGAUCAGGAAAGCCUGCAGAUCAAGAAAGUACCUGCGAGCCAGACGCAGAGCGCCGAUGGACCAGUCGAAGCGGAAAUGAAGCUGAAGCAUCCGCCUCCGCCGUCAUCAGGCGACAGAGACAUCGAUAUCACCGGGCAAUCGUAUUUCCAGUAGCGUGAAAUUAAAAGCUCGUGAAGGCUGCCCCGAUUGCCUAUUGUGAAUGUGUUUAAUAAUGGCGAUCGAGAGGUAGUUUGUUCCAUGUAAUUUGGUUCGUUUUCUUUACUCGAUUGAUGCGUUUGCUUUUUUUAUGGAUC